CCAGAGAGUACUUUUUGCUAGAAUUAAUGCAGUUAAAUAGUCAUCACUAUUAUUAUGUUGUCCAUUGGAAAUUGAUUAGCCUUACCAUGUGAUAGUUUCCUGCAAAUUAAUCAAAGCACACAAGUUUGACUGAUGCCAAAUGGUCCUUAUCGAUCUCUCAAGCCAAGACUCUACAAGGGCAACUAUGAGGAGGUCUAAUCGACCGACCUGUAAUCACUCGAUCGUGAGGGAAACAAUUAAGAAGCAGCUAGCACUCGAUCAUGGUGGAAAGGCUCUCUCUUCUUCCACUGUUAUGCCUCCUCCUCGCCUGUGUCGGCGUUGCAGAAGGUCGUAAGAAUCACGUCAGUUGUUCUUCGUCGUGCGGGCAUCUCCACGACAUCGGCUAUCCUUUCCGUUUGAGGAGCGAUCCGCCAGGAUGCGGAUCCCCAAGCUACGAGCUUCUCUGCGACGGCGGCAAACCUAUGGUGGAGCUGGGGUCGGCAAAGUACUACGUGACCAACAUCUCGUAUGCCAACCACACUAUCAGUGCGGUUGAUCCCGUGUUUGCGGAUGACGAUAGAUAUUGCCCUCUUCCUCUCCAAUCUCCAUCGCCUGAUUUUUUAGAAUUGUAUUACAACGUCGGAGAAUACUGGGCUCUCUUUAUGAAUUGCACAAAGCCGGUUCGAGACAGCAGGUACCGGCGCGUGCCUUGCCUAAGCAGUAACAACUCAUUUGUCUACAUAGUCGUCGAUAUUUGGGGAUACUUUGUGGAUGCUAUUAAGCCCUCAUGUGGAUUUCUGGCCACCAUUCCUCUGCUGGUCGAUGAUCAUGUCAUGAAUCUGAACACCACCGAUAUUUUUGAGCUCUUAAAGGAGGGAUUCAUGUUUUCCUGGGACGUAGGCCCUGAACCAAUAUCUGCAAUGAUUCAUGAAUGCUUGGAAGACGCAAAAAGCAUGUUUGCCAAUUUGACCAGCAGCAAAGGGCUUCUUUUCCUACCAUACUCCUUGGUUAAAGGCGAGACCCAUUUCCCAACCUGCAUGGACGAUUUAUCCGGCGGCAAUCACUAUUUUCGAUAUGCAGUCGCUGUGGUUGCUGUAAUAGAGAUUGUGCAACUUUUAUUAGCAUUAUGGAUAUUAGGGAGGUUCGUUUCCGCGCCAAUUUCGCUUCUCAUUCUAAUGGCUUAUAAGUUAUGGAGCAGUCAUGUGUCCAUCGACAUUGUAGAAAAGUUUCUCCAAGACCAACAAAUGCUCUCACCUACGAGAUAUUCCUACACUGAUAUCAUUGCGAUUACGGGCCACUUUAGAGAGAAGUUAGGGCAAGGAGGAUUUGGGUCGGUCUUUAGAGGUACGCUCUUAAGUGGCCAACAUGUUGCCAUCAAAAUGCUCGGAAAUUCUCAAUUCAACGGAGAAGACUUCAUCAAUGAGGUCUCAACAAUUGGUAGGAUUCACCAUGUAAAUAUAGUGCGGCUUGCUGGUUUUUGCUCAGAAGGAUCAAAGAGGGCUCUUGUUUACGAGUACAUGCCUAAUGGAUCAUUAGACAAGUAUAUCUUCUCGGCAAAAGGAACUAGUAGUAGACCCUUUUCCUGGGAUAAGCUCAAUGAAAUAGCACUUGGGGUGGCUCGGGGUAUCGACUACCUGCAUCGAGGAUGCGACAUGCAAAUUUUACAUUUCGACAUCAAACCACAUAAUAUUCUCCUCGACCGCCAUUUCAACCCAAAAGUUUCAGAUUUCGGACUCGCAAGGUUGUUUCCAAAGGAUUAUAGUCUUGUUUCUCUUAGUGCAGCAAGAGGGACCAUUGGAUAUAUUGCUCCGGAAUUGGUAUCGAGAAACUUUGGGAUUGUAUCUGACAAAUCUGACGUCUUUAGUUUUGGAAUGCUAUUACUAGAGAUGGCAGGAGGUAGAAGGAAUGUGGACCGAUCGAUAGAAAAUACAAGCCAAGUUUACUAUCCUUCUUGGAUCUACGACCGACUUACACAGAACAAUGAGAUCAUUGAAAUAAAUAACAAUAUUGAGAUUCAUGGAGUAGAAAGCAAGCUAUGUAAAGUGGGGUUAUGGUGCAUUCAGAUGAAAUCGUCAAAUCGCCCUUCUAUGGACAAAGUUGUAGAGAUGUUGGAAGGGGAUGAGGAUAACUUGCAAAUGCCGCCAAGGCCCUUUUUUUCAUCCUCGCAGCAGAUCUCCGCAAGGCAGUCUUCUAUGCAAUCCAGUUCAACAGAAUUAUCAACCAUUUCCGAGCAGGAAGACUAUUCAAAUUCAGACCAAUAAUAUGAGAGAUAUAAAAUUUGUUAGUUCAGUUACUUAAAAGCUAAGUUUGCUGUUGUGUGGAGCAACUAAGUUACAUGCCAAUAAUUUUCAGAGCAUUUCAUGGCUAGUAACAGAGUUGAGUGGUCUUCAUGCUUGUGUAUGCCAAUUUCUGACAGAAUAUAUAGAUAAUUCUUUUUU